AUGGUCCUCCGUGGUUCGCUCGUCGCUUUGUCUCUCUCCAUGCUCAGUGCUUCCAGGUACUACUAUGCCUCUGCUACUCAGUAUACUGGGGCUGGUGGCCUUCCUAGUAUCCAACUGGACAACGGUACAUUCAUAGGGAACCAAACCGGAAAUGUUACAGAAUUUCUUGGUAUCCCCUAUGCACUCCCACCGACCGGCGAUCUUCGUCUACGGCUCCCCGUCGCCAAUCUCCCCUACAACGGCACCUACAACGCCUCGACCUUCGGGACUAUCUGUCCCCAACAAUCUUUCAUACUCGAUGCAUCGGUGGCUUCGACGGUGGGUCCGAUCGUAGGGUCCUUGAGCUUUCUGAGUCCUGCCAGCAGUCCCCAGAGCGAAGAUUGUCUGACUGUGGAUGUCAUUGUACCGACGGGCACAACCGCGGACGCAAAACUUCCGGUCGUCGUGUGGAUCUAUGGAGGCGCAUUUGAAGUAGGAGACAUGAUAAUGUACCCCAGCGAGGUCAUUGUGCAAGGCUCUCUUGACUUGAAUGCCCCAGUCGUGUAUGUAGCGAUGAACUAUCGUCUGUCUGCAUUCGGCUUCCUACCCGGUAAAGAAGUCAAAGAAGCAGGCAUCGGGAAUUUAGGACUGCAAGAUCAGAGGCUCGCGUUGCGAUGGGUCCAGAAAUAUAUUGAAGCCUUUGGUGGAGAUCCGAGCAGAGUCAUCAUUUGGGGCGAAAGCGCUGGUGCCAUGUCGGUUGGUCUGCAGAUGGUCGCGAAUGGCGGCAACACAGAGGGAUUAUUCCACGGUGCUUUCAUGCAGUCGGGAUCGCCUCUCCCCGUGGGCGAUAUCGCAGACACGAAAUAUCAGGCCAUCUAUGACUCCAUCGUCGGCAGAGCUGGUUGCUCGAACACGACCGACACGCUUCAAUGCCUUCGCGAGGUACCUUUCAGUGUCUUUAAUGACGUAUCCAACGAGACGUACUCGUGCCUCUCCUUCCAGUCAUUGAGCCUGGCAUUUGAGCCUCGCGGGGACGGUGGUUUCCUGGCAGAAGACCCUCAACAAUUAAUCCUCAAGGGAGAGGUUGCCAGUGUUCCAUUUGUUACUGGCGAAUGCGAUGACGAAGGUACAACAUUCUCCCUUCCAAUUGCGAAUUUAACUACGGAGACGGAGGCCAACAACUAUAUCGCAUCGAACUAUUUCCCCAAUGCCUCCACGCAGGAGCUCCAACCCCUCUUCGAAGCAUAUCCCUCCGAUCCCAGUGCAGGAUCUCCCUUCGACACCGGUGCUGCCAACAACCUCACAGCGCAGUACAAGCGCCUCGCGGCUUUCCAGGGUGACCUCAUUUUCCAGGCCCCUCGUCGGUUCUUCCUUCAGCAGAUAUCUUCCCAGCAAAACGCCUGGUCUUACUUGUGGAAACGAAACAAGUCUACUCCCUAUCUCGGCUCGUACCACGGUAGCGACUCGGCUUACGCCCCCGGAGAACUUCGCGACGCCGUCAUCAACUUCGCCAACAACCUCGACCCGAACGGUCCCACUCUUGGCAUCAGUGACUGGCCCAAGUACACGACCGAUGCGCCGACGUUGUUCACGCUGCUGGAUGGCAAUGUGUCGGUAGCGCUUGCGAACGACACUUACCGUGCCGAUGCGAUGAGUAUUUUGGUGAAUGUUUCGUUGGAGUAUCCGAUGUAG